AUAACAGCGCCAUCUAGCGAUUAGUGUAGGAACAAUUACAAGAACCACCAAAGUAAAGUAUAAGGAACUUUCUACCUGUUCGAUCGCUGAUCAAUAACAAAUUAGUCUUCAAUUAUCUCAAUAGAGGGCGCAGAUAUCAAAGUCAAAGCAAAAUGAGUGGACUAGAAAAACUGUUAACAGAUAUGAGAGCUGAGAUGCACGAAAAAUUUGCAAACAUAGAAAAUUCCAUAGCCAAAUCCGAAGAAAAAAUUACGGCCAAUAUCAUCAAAAUUAUGGAUGAAAAAUACAAUAGUUUACGCGGAGAAGUGAACUCUCUGCACACCAUAACAGAAGAACAAGAAAAGAGAAUAAACGAAAUCGAGAAGAAAUCAGUACAAAAAAACCUGGUAUUUUUCGGCAUAAAGGAAGGUGAAAAAUCAUAUCUGGAAUUGGAAGAAAAAGUUUGCAAAAUUAUGAAAGAAAAAAUGAAAUUAGAUAUAUCUGCGUCACAAAUAGAGUCUAUUAGAAGAAUCGGUAUUAAAGGGAACAAAACUAGACCAGUAUCCGUUACUUUCACAACCCUAGGCACAAAAAUAAAAAUUUUAAAGAAUAAACAAAUGUUAGAAGGGUCGGGCGUAUAUAUUAAACAUGAAUAUCCGGCAAAAAUAUUAAAAAUCAGGGAAGAAUUAAAAUCGCAACAAAAGAUUGAAAAAGAAAAAGGAAAUGAGGCUUUUAUUCGCUACGACAAGCUUAUAAUAACAAAUAGUAAGAAAAAAACCAGUAACAAAAGAGCACCGUCAUCAUCUCCGCAGCAAUUACGUGACGACAGCACUGAAACAAGGGAGCCAGUCAAGACGACGAAAAAACACAAGGAACAGGCCGCCAGGAAGAACUCGAGCACGCUUUAAAAAGUAUAAAUUGGCACAUACUAGGACUCUCAGAAAUAAGAAUGAAAGGGACGAAUUUGCAGGAACAUAGAGACUAUAUGCUACUAUAUACAGGGCGAAAAAGCGGUAGGAACGGUGUGGGAUUUAUGAUAAAAAACGAUAUGAAACAAUACAUCGUUGAUUUUAAACCUAUAUCCGACAGAGUAGCAAGAUUAGACCUCGUGAUAAGAAACACCCAACUCAGCAUUAUUCAAGUAUACGCCCCUACAAAAAAAGCUCCCGAAGACCAUCUAGAGACAUUUUAUAACGACAUUCGCCAC